UAUUCCCGUUUAUUUUGCAUAAAACUGGGUUUAAUUUUAGGUCACUCGAUUUAACUGACGUAUGUUUCUUGCAUCGCAGAGCUUUAACCAAGGUAAGGCCAAAGAUCAAGGCAUGCUCAAGCAUGUUCGCUUCUACGAUCACGGGUAGCAAUAAAAAUAUUCAAAACCAUAGAAACUAAUAACUACAUAUGGCAAAACAUAAACAAGAUUACUGCUUCAUGUCUAAACACAUCGCCUAACCUCCUCAUUUAAAUAACUUUUCCCAUUAAUUAUGAACAUGACACUAUAUAGGGUCGCAAAACAAGCAAAAACACAUACAUAGCGAAGGACGUGGCUGUACAAUGGCAUCUAAAAGUUCCCUUAAAGAUUUUGAAAAGCGAAUUGUCGAAGUUCUUAAACACUGUGACCUACAAUCGAAAGAGGAAAAAUUCACAAAGAGCGAUACCAGAAGCCCUUCAUUAGUAGCUCAUUUGAUGGGACCCGAUUUUAGGACGGAAACCGAUGAAAAGGUUUGUGCAGUGAAGAAGUCAUUUGAUAGAAAAAAAAUAACGAUUUCAAAGGAUGGAAAUCACGGAGAAGGUCCCUCAAAAAAAUCGUCAUCGCAAGAGUGGGGACAACAGUUCCACCUAACACUUGCGAAACAAAUUAAUGAACAAAGAACAAGAAAGAGUGUAGAAGGUCAGCUUUUGACAAAGAUUGAAAAGAAAUUUAAUUGCAAAUUUGUCCAAGCGGAGGUUGGAAUCUGUGCUUAUGCUGUUAACAAAUCGAGAGUUGAUUGCUAUAAAGGAAAGAUAGAUGCUGUCGCUUUGCGUCAAAGUCCAAGAGGUGACUCCGAAGUCGUUGUCGUGGAAUGGAAGACGUUUGCUAAUGAUGAUUUACAAGAUCCGAUGAAAUGGUGGGACAGAGCGACACAUUUUAAAAACCCCCUUUAUCAGUGUUUAUUGUAUCGUAAGCUUUUGCAAACUCACUUAGAGGUGAACGACAUAACAGUUCGCAUUGGCAUUAUGUUGGUUCCAUCCCAUCAAGCACGCCAAGGAGAAGUCGUGCCAGGCUUAUGCACAGAUUUUCAGGAUAUGGAAGAAGAGGGUCUAUUGAAAACCAUCAAAGAUUAUCAAUGGCUUUCCGAGGAAAGUGAAUGUGUUCACACUGUUAUUUUGCCCUGUAAAUUAUUCAAUCGCGAGCGUCUGAGUGACACAUACUUAGAAAAUGGAGUUUUAAAGGAGACAACUGUGGUUAAAGAUAUCAUCGAUGACAGUGCUACUGUUGGAGACAUGUGUGAAGAACUGGGACUUCUAAAACUCAAGAUAGAAGAUUCACUUGCUGAGGACGAUAGAAAAAGCGAUGAAGAGGAAGACAAAAGUGAUGCUAAGAAGAAAGGGCGCUUUAGCCGCGUUAAGAGAAUGCUCAAAAGUAAAAAAAAAUAAUCCAAUUCUAAUAAUAACAUCAGCUUUUGAUUAACAGCGCGGGUUACGCUGCUCAUACAUAUUCACUGAACCGAGCAAAAUAAAUUGUUACGUUGCAUUAUCAUAAUCCUAAUUGGCGUAAAAUGUCAGUGUCAACUCAUUUACUCAUAGCGAAGUAUCUACGGUUUUUUCAUUAAUUGGUUGAUUGAUAAAUCACGAAUUAGUCAUUUAAUAAUCAAAAUGAAUCGAUUUGGGAGACCUAAGUUAAAUGAAAAUUGUUCUAAAAUAAAUUAUUUAAGCCUGCGGAUAACAUUUGAUUGUGUAGUCUGAUCGUCUGUUUGAGGGUAGUCCUGAGAAGGACUGUUUUCAGUAGUGGUAACUGACAUUUACACAAGUUAAAGCCUACAUGGGUCU